AUGAUAACGAAAUACUUUGCUAAUGUGGCAGUGAAAUUCAAUCCAUUCAGUCCAGGUGGUGUGUCAGCCAGAUUAUUCCUUUCAAGAGUCCCACUGAGUGCCAAAUUAGAAACAAAAGUAUUAACUGCUAAUUCAAAGGAAAAGCCAGAAAUACAAGUGACAUUUAAAGAUAAAACUGUCAUGACUGCCGAUCCAAAUACCAUAAAAUUGGCUAUUAAGGAAGCUAUCUCCGAUUAA